AGACUGAUAAAGUUAACUUCAAUGCAUCUCAACAGUCACCUGUCCUAGGUAAUCCGGAUGGUUAAUGAACAAAAUAUCUGAGAGUGGCAUUUCAAGUUCAUCGUUUGACGUUGCAAUAAAUUUUUUUAUUCUACUCCAGUUAUACCCGACUGAUUUCAUAUCACUCUGUAUGAAUACCGGCACCUCAUCUGCAUAUCAAAAGGACCCAUCGCUUGUUCAUAAUUUGACAGAAGCUCUCCUAUUCAUGACGCAACAAUGGCAGCGACGUGAAAGGUGCGAUCGAGAGCUUACAAGCCGAGCCCACUGCCUUGCAUUGAACAACCCUUGAACUGGGGAGACCUGGCAUGCAUGAAAAGAGGCGAGGAUAGCGAGCAUCCUAGCAUUAAUGCAGCCGCUAUAUGGGCGGCGGUCACAACUCCCACAACUCCAUCGGAGCGUAACUAAAAAAGCAAUUGCCUCACUGGAAGAAAAAAAAAGACAGACAUGAAAGAAGCCCAUGGAUUAUAGUACAUCUUCAGCGUUUGGAUAGCUUUUUUUUUAAUUAUCAGGUUUUAACACAUCCUCAUUAGUGAAGUCAACAGACAAUCCGUAUAUUACCACCUGCAGUAUUACAUGUACAUCCUGUGUUGAUGCGUAAAAGCACCUGUUGUACUGCUACGGUGACGCCAGGCCAUCUCGCCAACUAUAGGGCUUCAGCGUUAGAGGCGCCAUGUACCGGGGAAAUAGCCGUGGGAAAUAGGUGUUGAGGUGUACAUUGAUCUAUAUUCUGCUGGAACCAUUUCCCAAUCGCACGAAGACUCGUUUGGAUGUGAUUGAUAAGAAACUGAUCAGAGAAUGGAAGGAGCCAGUGGCGAGACAACCUCAGUAACUGACGUGGAUGUCGGUGUCAAAAGGACGUACCGUAAGAAGAGUGAGAGCAGGAAGGUAUCAACGCCAUCAGAAGGAACAGCAGCUGUGCGAGUUCAGCUCAAUAAACUAAGCGAGCAAGAUGUCGCAGACGCGAAAAUGGCUUCAGUCUUCGGCGAUACGGCAUCGUCAACGAAGGCGCCAAUGAGAGUCAACCCCCUCUACGAGAAGAACGGUACCGUGGAGGUCAAGGCAAGCGAACUAAGAAGAAAACGCUUAUCAAGUGAGUCGAGCUCGACGGCAAACGGGAGUGUGACGAGGAUUGGUCCACCGCCCAACGGUUCUGUCAGCACAGUCUCGCAGAACGUACCGAUGGAGGACUCGAGGGGUGCGCAGAGCCCCCCUCCAAUCGCUUACGGGGGUAACUUCCAGUUGAGAGGGGAACGUGAUGGGGCCGCACAGACCACACCCAGGAGCAGUGUAGGAGGUCCAGCCGAUCAAGUGACUACCCACGGCGUAGUUAUGCCAGCAAGGGUCCAGAAGAAUACCUUACCACGUAGUUACCUACCGCCGACCAUUCCCUCAGCCAGCCCGUUCGUGACACCCCGACAGUCAGUGACAGACAUCACACCAGUCGUAUCUCAAUCAAUCGACAAGGCCGAGGUCGAACAUCUGAUGAGACGGGCUCGAAUACGACGAUGGUGGCGCUGCAUUCUUCUCGCAAUCCUUACCUUUCUCGUCUUCGCCCUCAUCAUCAUCCUCGUCAUCGUCUUCUUAGCCAGAUGAUCGAUCGACCGCAGUGCAAAGUUGCCAAAAUUGAAAUUGUAUACGGAAAAGACAGAGACUGAAAAUGGACAGAAAUAUUUUUCUGUAUUAGACAUAGGCAUUGAUAUAGAUUUCAUUGAUGCUAAGCGAUGCUGAGUCUAUGGCAUGCCGGAACCGUCUCCAGUAUGACGAGAUCCGCCAUGUGUGAACUUACGUUAAUCGAUGACAUGAUCUUAUAGAAACCCUCGAAGACAUCCCUCACGCCCGGGCUUUCAUGCAGAUAAAAAUUGUGAGUUUUCGCAUGUAAUACAGGGAAACUCUCUACAUGGCAUCGAUUCCUUUGAAAAUGCAAUUAAAAUCACAAUGGAGAGCUGAGAGGCUUUUGUCGAAAGUUGGUUGACUGGGACAGCGAAUCGUCCGAAGAUUUGCACCGGACAAACAAUUGCAAAUAUGUAGUAGUCCUGAGUCAAGAGAUUCCGAUGUUGUCCCGGUCCACCAACAAAAGCAUCUCAGCUCUCCAUUGGGAUUUGGCUUGCAUUUCAAAGGAAUUGUUGCGUUGUAGAGAGUCUCCCCGCAGUAAAUGCGAAAAGUCCAGAAUGUAUUUUGUUGAACAUCCUUUUUUUAAACCUAUAUCAUAACCAAGGCAUUUUUUGGUAAAAUGUACGUACAUGUACUAGAGGCCUAUAUGCAUCGGUAAAUAUGAGGUAAGAUACGUUUGCCCGAUCUACCGACUACUGAUUUAUACAAUUUACAUUCAGUAUAACUGCAAUGUGAUUUUUUUUAUAAGUGGCUUUUAACAUACAUCUCAAUUUAUAAUACGUAUUAUGAUAAAUACUUUCUAAACUUAUUGUCGAGUUAACUUCCAUGUCUUUUUUUUUAAGAAGAGGUGCGUUUUAUAGAAAAUAUUAAUACUGGUAGUCGAAAAAAAAAAAUAAUAAGACAGUGGUCAUGCCAAAGACUUUGGAGUCAGCUUAACAUUUUUACAAAAAAACUCAUAUAUGCCCUAAUUUGUAUAAAUAGAAAGAUGGCAGAUAAUGUUUUCAAUGUAAAUUCUCACACACCGUUAUUUUAGCAAAUGUUUCUUUUUCUAGUACUCUUAAAAUGUGGUUGAUUUCUUUAAAGAGAAACAGGAGAUAUAAUUCAAUACAUUGUUGUUUUUCCCAGUCGAUUGUACAUCUUAUCGCAUAUGCCUGGACUUCUACAACAUUUCCUGGAUCAAUUCUAUGUUUUGCAUAUUUCUUAUUGAUUUAUGGCAUAUCGCGGUGUUGUAAACAUGGCAAUAUUUCAGAUGUAUAACCCUUUUCAUCUUUCAAAUUGAAAUCAUUUAUUUUAUCAAAAUAAUGAGUAAAAGAUUAUGAAAUAGGCCUACAAUGAUCUUUGGAUUUUAAACAAAUCCUAACAAAAUACCUACGCACGUAUAGAAAAAGUAAGCUAUUUAUUUUUUGCAAAUAAAAAAUCAUUAUUCUCAUCGUCCCUCGAAUGACUGUAUAAAUAUAGGUCUAGCAUGCAAUAAGAUAAGAGUAAAGAUAUGCAUUCUGUUUUUAAAAAUAUAUGUUUUGUUAUAUAUGUAGGAAGUCGAUUCAGAUAUAUUCGUGACUUUUCAAAGGUUGCACGAAGUCAAAAAACACUAGGCUCUGUAAGCUAUGGCGAUUUUCAUUGACCAUCCGUACAAGUGAUGUCACUGUUAUGUAUGUGAAGGACAGCUCCUCCAAUUGCAACAAUUAAUUUAAAAAAAAGAUAUUUUCAUUUUAAAAAAGCUUAGAAUUGCUCUUUUCUUUGAUAAAGAUAAAUAUUAUGUACUUUGAUUACCACCAUGAUCACUAAGGAUAUAACCACAAAUUUCCUAUAAUAAAUUAUAAUUAAACUACAUAAAAAAUGGAGUUGUCCCUACCAUUAAUCUUCUUACCGAAGUGUUAAUUUAACAUUUCAAAAGUCCGAGAAUCCCAUACCUGAAACGGCUAUAACUUUCUUGUUCCUUGUUCGAUUUCUUUUAAUAUUUUUUACCAAAGUGAUAAGUCUUUUCAACUGUUUGUAUUUAGAGGGCGGCAAUACUCAAUCGGUUUGAGAAUAUUUAUGUAAUCCUCGAAACAAGUGAUUAUUUCUGCCCUCUUAAAAUACAAACCAUUGACAUGACUUUUAUCAUUUUAAUUAUCUUACAUAUUUAUAAUCAUUCUCAAAGAAAUGCCGUGAAAGACACUAUUGCUGCUUCCUUAACAGUCGAAUUAUGUCAUUAUUUCAUGUGGCAAUUCUAUUUGAAUAUCUCAAGAGAAUUUUAGUAGUAAGUCGUAAAACGUUGUAGAAUGAUACUGGAAAAGAAACUUUCAACUUGGAUUUUACUUUGUUAUAAAUCAUUAAUUUGCUGGGGGUGAUUUUUUAUUUUAAAAAAUACAACGUGCCAUUGUGACUGUGAAAAUACUGUUGUCUUUCACUUAUUUUCAAAGAUUUGAUAGUGCCUGUUCAAGUUAGUUUAUUACCAUGUCUUUAAUUAUCUCUUCUUUCUUCUCUCUCUCCCCCUCUAUCCCCCCCCUCUCUCUCUCUCUCCCUCCCGACACUAUCCUUUUAGCUUUUCAUUUUUCUGUUUAUUUUCUCCAAUCCAUAUCUUAUUGUUAUGUAAUACAAAAUCAUUUGAGUAAAGGUCAUGUGGUAGAUAAAAUCAUUUAAUAUUCAUAUGGAAGCUACUUUGACAUUGAUGAUGAUACAUUUAGACUGCUGGUUACCAUAGAGAUGAAGUUCACCAUUUGUCUUUUAAUGCACAAUUUUUGAUACAUUCACAGAAAAAAUGAAUAUUUUCAAGUGAAUGCAAUAUCAAAGAAAAUAUUAUACAUUGUGUAAAAAAAUAAAA